CCGUACUAUUUUUUUAAUUUUAUUUUCUAAUUUGCAGCACUAUACCUCAUAAGUGUGCUUUACCCAUUACGUUAUUUAAUUCUCCGUUUCCUUAAGUUUGUAUCGUUUGAAAUAUUCCAUUUGAAUAAAGAGAAACCUCAACCAUGAUUAAUCAUCCUAAUAUAAUAAAAGGAUUUUCUAGAUAAUAACACUAUUGGUUGAACACCUGGUCUAUAAUUUGAGCAUGUGUAUAUAUGUUACACGUUUCGCAAAUGGUAUCAUAUAGGUUCAUAAGCAAUGGAUGUUUGAUCCUCUUGAAUCUAUGAAACAAAGUAUUCUUAGUAAAAACUUGUAAUGUAAAUGUGUAAUACCCUUAUAAGAGGUAUCCCAUCCGAUUUUCAAGAAUCAAGAUCAUGCAGGCGAUCUCUCUUCUUGCUUAUAAUGUGUAGUUAUGUUGUUCUUUCUAAAUGAUGAUACAUUAAAUCUGAUCAUCAAUGUCUCUAAGCUAAGAAAUUUUUUAAAUAGUAACCUAUUCAGACAGUUUGUUACGAGUAUAAGAUAUGACUGAAAAUGUCUUUUAUGUGCUUGCAAAUCUGUGUUCUCUAAUGAGUUCCAGCUAUGGUAUAAUCGGUGUUAUUACGUACGGCGGAAAGUAAUUAAAUGCAAUGAUAUAGUCUAGUUAUACUGUGUUUAAUAUACUAAACUUUUAAUCAAUAGUUCAAUGACGUGAUAUAUAUGGCAUUUGUGGUCCAAAAGACUGCUCCAUUCCAUAUCUUUGGACUACUUAGACAAAAGCUCUAUUAAUAUUAUAGCUGUAUAGCAUUAAAAGAAAAAGAAAAAAAGUAGUCUUUCUUUAUAUUUAUGCUUGGGUCUACCAGUGUUGAGAAUUGACAAUUCUCUUAUAGUUGGCAUAAGAAAAAGCAGCAUGAACCUAAAGUAUCACAAUGCUUCACUAAAAAUGAAAGCAGCAAUCAAAUUGGAAUCAAAGCUGGUGUAUCUUGUUGCUAUACUUAAUCAACCAACGAAAACCAUAUAUAUCAUCUCUAGUCGAAAAAUAUAGUUCAUUGGUUGCCACAAAACAAGAUUAGGUCCAUAAUGUGCCUAUGUUAUCCCAUCUUUUUCUUACUUAUGCUCCUGUUUUUCAUUCCUAUACUACAAUGCAGUGCUAGUGAAUGCUUAGAAGCAGGUUCCAAGGUCAUUGAUGGUACUAGCAACAAUAUUACAGUAUCCUCUGGUGGAGUGUUCGAGCUCGGAUUCUUCAGUCCUGAUGGGAACAACGGUAAUACAAGGUAUUUGGGCAUAUGGUAUGUUAGUCAGUCCAAUCCAAAGGUAAUUGUGUGGGUUGCUAAUAGAGAUAAGCCACUGAAGGAAUCUAAGGGCUCCCUUGUAAUUCAACAAGGUAAAGCCGAGCUAUUGGAUGGGAAUGGUCUACUGUACUGGUCAACCACUGGGAUUCCAUCUGCCCAAGUACAGACCACGAUACCUGCAAAUUCAACUCCUACCUUUAACAAUUCCAAAAUUUCCAAUGAUAUGUCUCCAACUGCUCUCCGGCGUUGCACUGCUUACCAGCGUUGCACUUAUGGUCCUCUAAAAACAUUGACAAGGCUGUGUCUGCUUGAUAGUGGAAACUUAGUUUUGGUGGAUAGAAGUUUGUCAAGACAGGAAAACCCAUACUUGUGGCAAAGCUUUGAUCACCCAACUGACACAUUUCUUCCGGGGAUGACUACAGAUGGAAGUGUAGUUCUUUCAUCGACAACCUUAAAACUGACAUCUUGGCAAAAUCACAACAACCCAGCUCAUAGAAACUUCACAUUCCCCCUACAACCUAGCUCGGCUAAUGUUUUGUCUAUUGUUGAAAAUAAUGAAAAAGGACAUGCUAAUUAUUGGCAGAGUGGAACGACCCCUUUUGACAAGAUUCCAACUGCUUUGUCUAAAUUAUGGUUUGAUGGCACUUCCCCACUUCAGAACAACACACGCCUAGUGAUAAACUUCACGGGUCAGAUUCAAUUUUGGAUAAAAAAAAGUGAAGGCUGGUCCUUAAAUUGGUCUGAGCCAAGAGAUGGUUGUAGUUUGUAUGAUAAAUGCGGUAAUUUUGGCAGUUGCAAUAGUAACAACGGGAAGAUUUGCAAGUGCUUGCCAGGAUUCAAGCCUAGUGUAAAGUGGAAUUUGGGAGACACUUCUGAGGGUUGUUUACGAAGAUCUGCAUCUUUUUGUGAAAGGGACAAUAGUCUGAGUGACAUUUUCUUGACAUUUAACAUGAUGAGAGUGGGAAACAAAACUUGUUCUCCUAGUUCUACUGAAGCAAAUUGCACUACCCAGUGUCUUAGUCAAUGCAAUUGUGUUGCUUACUCUUAUGGUCUUGCUGACUGCUCAGGAGCACGCACUUUUGGUGAGAAGAAAUGCUUGCUAUGGACUGAAUUGACUGACUUGCAAGAGGAGUAUCCUGAUGGAAUUACUCUCUUUGUCCGCACAACACGGUCUGAUAUAGACCCAACUUCUAGGGGAUGCAGUCCUUGUGGAACCUAUAUUAUUCCCUAUCCCUUAAGCACAGGGAGAAAUUGUGGGGAUCCCUCAUACUUCCAUUUUCAUUGCAACAGUACAACCAGUCAAGUUAUAUUCUCUACUCCAAGAGGCAACUUCAAUGUCACUUCAAUUGAUCAGGAUGCAAAAAACUUUACAAUCCAAGUCAGGCAUAGUAAUUGUGACGAUAAAUAUAUCAAGUUGUUUAUGUCUCUCAAGGACUCUUUGCCAUACACUUUUCAAAACUGCAAUGUUGUUAAGGACCAACCUUUAAUUCAAGUUAAACAGCCUUUUAUUGAAGUUGAGAUGAGUUGGCAGCCACCACCAGAAUUUCUUUGUCAUGCACCCUCAGAUUGUAACCAAUUCCAUCAUACUAGCUGCAAAUCCACGAAUGGGGUGGAAAAGAGGUGCCUCUGUCGAUCAAAGUUCCAUUGGGAUGGCUUGAAGUUGGAAUGUACCAAAGUACCUUUUCCUCUCAAGGUUGCAGCUCCUUGCAUAGCUGGUGCAUUGGCAAUUGUUCUUUUGUGCAGUAUAUUCUUUGUUUGUCAUGCCAGGAAAAGAAGAAUAAGUAAAAAGCGAGGUUCACUUGAAUUCAACGAAGAUGAUACUGCAGGCAUAGAUGUGCCAUUUUUCGAUUGGGAAAACAUAACAGCUGCUACAAACAACUUUGCGGAUGCAAAUAGGCUUGGGACAGGGGGUUUCGGUUCUGUGUACAUGGGAAUACUUCCAGAUGAGCAGAAAAUCGCUGUCAAGAGACUCUCAACUGUAUCAGUGCAAGGUGUUGAAGAAUUUAGGACUGAGGUUAUGUUGAUAGCCAAGCUCCAGCAUCGGAACCUUGUAAAACUUAUUGGGUACUGCAUGAAAGCAGAUGAGAAGAUAUUAGUCUAUGAGUACAUGCCUAAUGGAAGCCUAGACUCUUGUUUAUUUGAUGAAAGGCAUAUUGUAUACUUGGACUGGAAGAAGCGUUUUGACAUCAUUUUGGGGAUCGCUCGGGGCUUGCUUUAUCUUCACCAAGACUCAAGACUAAGAAUUAUUCAUCGAGAUCUCAAACCAAGCAACAUUUUACUUGAUGAAGAACUUAAUCCAAAAUCAGACUUUGGCAUAGCAAGGAUUGUUGGUGGGAAGGAAACAGAAGCAAGCACUAUGAGAGUAGUUGGAACAUAUGGUUACAUGUCACCAGAGUAUGCAUUAGAAGGGAUCUUUUCAGUAAAAUCUGAUGUUUUCGGUUUUGGCGUGGUUUUAUUGGAGACAAUAAGUGGUAAAAGGAAUUCGAAAAUCUUUAUGUUUGAGCAUGGCCUUAGCUUGCUAGGACAUGCCUGGAAAUUAUGGAAUGAAGAUAAAGGACUAGAAUUGAUGGACUCAAAACUCAACGAAUCCUGCUCUCCGUCAGAAGUUCUGAAGUGCAUUCAUAUUGGGUUGUUGUGCGUACAAGAGGACCCAAGUGACCGUCCCACCAUGUCAACCGUAGUUCAUAUGCUGAGUGGGGAAAAUGCCUCUCUUCCACUUGCCAAACAACCAGCUUUCAUGAAUCGAAAACCAUUAUCAGAGAAUGCCUCGUCUUCCAGUGCAAUUGAUUCAAGCGUGAAUGAGGAGAUGACUGUAUCUACAAUAGGCCGGUAACUGAUAGUUCCCAUUGGAAUAAAACUGAAAGAAUCUGGCUUGUGUGGCAUUGUGGUUGGGUGUAUGGUUAUGUAAUAUGCUGAAACCGAAAGCCUGUUGGCUGUUGCAUUUCUUAUAACCUAAUUCCUUUAACUGUCAAAAGUUGUCAGAUAUUCAGCAAUUUUAGUUAUUUGUAUAAACUCAUGAAAGAAUUUUGUAAAGAUUGUAUUACUCAUAGUUUUCAAUUAUAUGUAGACUAUAUACAGACAAUACAGUAACA